AGCUAGUGCAUUCGGCUUUCCUGUUCAUUCCCGGUGUAUUGCCACAGCUGUGUGAAUAACCAAGGCACAAUGAAGAAAGCCUUCUUGAAAUGCCCUCAAAUCCAUAUUACAGUCCCUAUAGAUUAACUUUAGGCAUGAAUGUGGCUCCCUUGUCUCCAGCAGAGGGCACUAGCCUGAAAAGAAAACAAACUUGGAUGCAGUGACUACAGAUACACAUCACCAAAGGUCCAUCCGAACAGCCACUAGCUUGCUGACAGUCCUGUGUCAAUGUCAAAGUGGAAAAUGUUUUGAAGAAAGUCUCAGAAUUUAUUUUUGGAGAGGCAUGGAGACGGUGCUUUCCAUCUGAGGUGGGUUAGGGCGUCGGAUGAACUUCCCGGCCGGACACUAACGGGAUUUUCAGGCAAGUAGCCGGAAGCUCCGGGGCAGCAUUCACACAGGAGACUGAAAUGCUGACAUCUUUCAAUGGCAGCCAUGGACUCUCUCAGCAUUACCGUCCACCACUCAUGCCGAAACCUGGCAAGGACAAUGCCAAGCUCCAGAAGCUGCUCAAGAAAACCGGCAAGAAAAAGUCUUCCCAUCAGGCCUUGCAGACGCCUGUCCCUUUCCGCUCCAGCCUCUCUCCUGUAAGCGAAGCCAGCGCUGACCUGGAGCACAGUGACCACUCAACUCCUUCAGGAACUCCGGAUCCUGUCUAUGGCAUCAACUCGAACCCCAGAUUUUCAGUGAAACCCGUUCAUCAGCAUUCACCGUCUCCUUACCCAUACAUGCAAAGUGCGAAGUAUGACAAGACAGCAGUGCUUUUCCCAAAGCAGCACAUAUCCUUAGAUUGUUCCUUUCACCAGCAGGUGGCCCCGCUGCACAACUUCACGUCAUUGUUGCAAGCUGAGUCUUCAGCUCACCCAAACUCAGCUCUUCCAACAGCUUCCAGCUUGCAAACUUCAAUCCAAGCAGAAGAAAAUGUAUUUCUGCAACCCACUACCACCCCAAUAAUUCAAGUUGAAGCUUCAGUUCCAAAAGUACCUGCUUCUACAAAUAUGGUAAGUCAAAUAGCGUCACCUCCAGUUCAAACCUUAUCACAAACUCCUCCCCUAAUUCUAACUCAUACACAGCUUGUACCAUUAGCCCCAAGUUCAGUUCAAUAUACUAAGCCUUUACUCUCCACCCCAGAAGUGGAGAAUAAUGUUCAAAAAGCAUCUCCAUCUGUUAAAUAUCCUACUACCCAUACCUUUGAAGAUCAAGCCGAAAGCACAGCUUUCAAUGGGCUACCACCAGCUAAGAGUUGCACAAAACCAACAUCCGAAAUGAAAGGAGGGACAACGUCAACCUCUGAAUUUCUGCCAACAAGAGCUCUUUCAGAGCAGCUGAAGACACCAGUGUAUUUCCUUGCCCAGAGAAAAUCGCCUACUUGUGAAGUCUCAAGAGCAAGCCAUUUUUCAUAUUCAACCUCUUCAGCAUCAUUUGUCAAUAAAGGAUCCAGUUUUGAAAUAUGCACGUCUGGCACUAACAAAACAAAUGAAAAUGAAACUGGAAAUUCUUUAUCAUCAACAUCAAUAGAAUGCACAUCUGAAUAUUCAACAUAUACAUCAAGAGUGGAAGGUAACAACAUGUAUGAUAAUAUGUGUUCAGUUCAUUCUAAUUCAUUGGAAAGACCUUAUAAUGGAAAAUUAACUACAAAAAAUUAUGUAAAUGAGGUUUCGCCUUUUGCAAUAUCUUUCAACUCAACUUCCAAGACUCAGAUCCCAAAAAUCCCUAAACUGCAAACUAAACUUGGAGAUCAAACACCAGUAAAAGCUGCUAAUAAUUUUAUAACUCACACUACAUAUCAAGAUGGCCAGAAUGGAACUGACCCAUGUAAUACUACUACUGAUAUAUGUGGAUUUGAAAAUGUCAAUACUCUUAUUCACACAUGUAAACCUACUAUACCUUCCUUGGGAUAUAAAAGGUCAGUAGCACAUGAGACCAAAUCCAAAUCAAAAUAUUAUGGUUUGACUCCAGCUGACUAUGUUGCUUAUGGUGGAAUUCGAAGCAGUUCCCCCACUUACAGCAUUUCUAAACCAAUGGCAUCUACAUCUGAGGUGCCCAAAUUGUGUGACACACCAUGUUCUCAGAGCCCUGCUUGUGAGAUCCCACAAGAGCCCUCACCUGCAAUACUGAACUCUACUGUGUCAUCCAAUGAAAAGCAAAAAAAAUCAGCACAGGGUGCAGGACUACCUGAAGGACAAAGUCUCGAGGAAGGAAAAAUUGCAAAAACACCAUUUUAUAGAGCACAAAAUGUUCAGAUGGUUACUUCAGAGGCUGUGGAAUACAGGCCAGUAGGUACAAACACACACCAGACUAUUCCAAAACAUAAAACUUCUCCUGAAAUACAAAAACAGUGCAAUUUUGUUAUGGAAAGACAACUAGCUAACAUACCAAUUUCAGAAACACAAAUAGCUAAUAAAGCCAAACAUUUAAUACAGACAAUUAGCAACAAAAUGCAAACACUUAAGUCAGGUGGAAACAGCAUGGCAGCUAAGAUUUCUAAAGGGAAAGUUUUUACUCAAGGUUUAGAUGAAGCUGGGAUGGAAUCAAGUCAAACUGUAACUGAGCCAAGCAUUGUACAACACACAGAAAACUCCAAGGAGUCUCAUAGGCCUGAAGUAUCCCUUGUAAUAUCUUCAAGUGUCAAAGAAUCUGUGCCCAGUGCUCAAAUUACUGCUUGUCUCUCUCAGGAUCCUGCAAAUUCAGUGACCUCCUUGAGCUUGGGUCAAUCCUCAAGUCAACCAGUAAUUGGACAUGGAGAAGCCAGUAAAUCUGUGAGCACUGGAGCAGUUCAUAAUCAGGAAACCUCACAAGAGACAGCGAGACCUGAGGCAUCAAACAGACAAUCGACUGCACAGAAGAAAGAGUCAAGCACCUCAGCUUCCAAACAAGAAUCUCAAACUAUAGAGCCCCAAAAACCAAAGGGUCUGAAAUCCAAACUCAGUGGCUGGACACGUCUUAAGAAACAUAUGAUAGUGGAACCAGAAGAGCCGAAAUUUCCUGAGCCAGUUGAGGAGUCCAAACUACAAGCACCGAACAGCAAACCAGAGAAGUCUCAAGAAAUGUCCACAGAAGUCUGCGAGCAUUCUGGGACCCAGAAUGGACCCAGGGCCCUAAAAAUGUGGGAUGCCAUCCUUUUCCAAAUGUUCUCUACCAAAGAGAACAUCAUGAAACAUAUCAAUGAGACAAAAAGCAAGACAGAGAAAAAAGACGUGCCAAAUGACAACCAAAAACCAUCGCUGUCGUUUGUGCAUCGCCUUCCUCUCCUCCUAUACAGUCCACGGUUUGAUGCCAGAAAGCUGAAGGAAGCUGCAUCAAGACCACUUACAAAAAUUGCCGCGGUGUUCGAAAGGGGACUUUUGAAUCGUAAAUCUCAAGAGGAGGAACCAAAGGACUUCAAUAGAGUUGCAAAAGGGUUUGCACAUUUAAAAACCACAGACAUCUGAUUUUUAUCACAAUUACAUUUAUAUUGUUAAAAUAAACCAGAAUGAUGAAGCAAGUAAUAUUUCAUAAAAAUUAUUUGGCCUUCAUAUUUUAAUUGCAGUUCAUUUUUUUGUUAUGGCUACAGAAUUCUUUGUUAUGUCUACAAAAGAAGGUAUUUUCUAAUUGAUUGAUCAUAACCUUAUGGUAUCGAAGGGAAGUUAUUGGCAAACUGGCGUUACACAAAGAAAAUUAUGCUGGCACAUGGCAUCAUCUUGGUUAAAUGUUUGAUAGGGUCAAGCAAAAUAUAUAUAUAUAUAUGUGUGUGUGUGUAUAUAUAUAUAAAAUUUUUAUAUACACACUGAACUACUGAUGGGUAAUCACUUUUGAGAUUUAGAAAUGUUUAUUGUGCUUUAAGAUGGACCAGAAUAGAAAGAAUAUAUCAAGACAAAAACUUCAAAAGUAUAGCAUUGUGUUUUAAAUUCCAGGAGUCAUUUUCCUUUUCCUGUUUCAUACAUAUUACUUCAUACUAAAUUACAAAAAUAUAUAUAGAUGUUCCUUAUGCAUAAAUGAUAUUCAUACUAUUAUAUAAAGUAAUAAAGGGAAUAUCUAUGUAUUCAUGCUUUAAUGUCAUGCUGUCACACAUAUGGAUGUGGGAAGACGGCAUCUUCCGUGAUGCUCCAGAACAUUUUGGACAGGACUCAUUCACCAGGCUCAUUAGCAUUCCAUGAAUGAGGAGACGGAAGCAACAGCGAAAGGCCAAGGUGGUAUUUCAGUGCGAGGUGUCAGAAAAGGGACAGAGGAGGAGCCGAGUGGGGCAGGAAGUGAAGGUCAAAGGAAGGUCUAAGGUUCAAUACCUUGUGAUGUGCUUGCUGGGUCUAGUGAAAUAUGAAUAAAGAAUUAUAUGGUGAAAACAUCAACAUGGUUGAUUAGUUGUUAAUUGCUGCUUAGUUACUUUUCUUCUACAAUGUGAGAUCAAUAAUACAGUCUAUGGAAUGUCAGACGUCCCUGUGCAGAAGCCAAACUAUAGAACACAGAUGCAGUCAGAUGUGAAAUUCAAGGGAUUAGAAUGAUGCCAUGGAUUAAAGUUAAAGUUUUGUCUGCUGGCUGUCCCCACAUGGAAGACCCAGCCUGUAAGAAUGCUGUGUGGUACAUUGUUUUGAAUGCAAAUAUCCCUAAGUGAGUGGAGAUGCUUGUUACCAACAUCCUUCAGUGGUGAUAUAUGACACUAUCCAGAGCUUCUGCUUUAUCGAGUUUCUGUAUGCAUGCUUUUUGUAUAUUAAAAAACUUAUUUGGA